CACCAAACUUCACCAUCAACCCUGAUAAACUAUACUUCUUCCUUAACCACUGAUUCUUUUAUCUCCGACUACAUUCCUCCACAUCCCUUUACCCUUCCUAACGGAAUCUCGCCCCAUCAAAAAUUGACAAUUCCUUUUUAUCGUAUAGGAAAAUGGAUAAUUUCCCAAAACGAUGAAGAGUCCUCCUACUUGGUUGCCUUACACAAGAAAUCCAAACACAUCGGAGUGGAAACUUAUUUCUUGUCAAAAGAACGACAGGAGCUCCUGGAACCAAGCGUGAAAGCGAAAGACGUAUUGGUUUCCCCCACGACGGGAAUUUUUGAUUCACAUGCAUUUAUGUCAUGGUUGGAAUGGGUGUUCCAAGACAGAGGUGGUGAUUUGGUAUUAAACUCGGAGGUUACUAACAUUUAUAGAGGAAAUUUUGGUAGCGGGGAUGGGUACGUUGUAGAAAUUAUUGAUACUGAUUCUGUAACUCAAUUCUCUACAAAUUCAUCUUCAAAGACACAAAAAACGCGUAUAUUCUCUCCAGUGGUUGUAAAUACAGCAGGACUCUACUCUGACCGGAUAGCUAAUAUGUUGCUGCCACCAGAAUAUCAUUACAAACUUAGUUACGUUAAAGGUCAUUAUUAUGGUUACCGGGGUGGCGAAGCAUUAAAAGUAAAACACCUCCUUUACCCAGUACCACCAAGAAAUCUGAGAUCUCUAGGAAUACACCUUACAUUGGACCUCAAUGGCAAAAUUAGAUUUGGACCUGACGUGUUGUAUGUCGACACUCCUAACGAUUAUGGAAUGAAUGACAAGAGAGAAAACAUCUUUUUCGAAGCCGUUAGGAAUUAUUUACCUAAUAUUAGAAAAGAAGGACUGUAUGCUGAUUAUGCAGGGAUCAGGUCUAGUGAACCUUUUAAAGAUUUUGUAAUUAAAGAAGAAAUUGAACGUGGAUUGAAGGGGUUUGUGAAUUUGACGGGAAUUGAAAGUCCGGGUUUAACUUCUUCACUGGCAAUUGCGGAAAUGGUGGAUAUUAUGCUA